AAUUUGUAAUUAUUAGAUCAGAAUGAAAAAUGCAGUACAGUCAUUAGAAGCCGACUUUUCGCGCCAAUAACAUUAAUAAACAUACUCGAUAUGAAUGUUGGGAUAACUCUGCAGCACGCCCCACCAAUCGCAAUGCGUAUCGGUGACAUCCAAUCAACGUUCUUUUGCCUGCGUACUACUCCAGUGAUACGAGUAAAAUAGAUCCAUUAGUACACACAUUGUAAAGUACAUACACAUUUUCCAUUCGUGUUGUAAAAGAAAAAUAUUUUAUCAAUCUAUCCAGUUACAAUUCUGCUCUUCGGUUGCUAUUUCAAUGGUUCUUAUUCAUAUAUUGUUGCCACCGAAUCGCGGAAUAAUACUCUAGUCUUGUCAAAGCGCGAAGUGUAGUUGAACUUUUUGACUCCGCACCGCGGCACCACGACAACGCUGUAAUCUGUGCUAAACAAUUGGUAAAGGAAAAGGGUCUAACCUUCCCGAUUGUUUAUUUGGCGAAAUAAAAUGGCAGAUCAGCUGACAGAAGAACAAAUAGCUGAAUUUAAGGAGGCAUUCUCCUUGUUCGACAAAGAUGGUGAUGGCACCAUCACCACCAAAGAACUGGGAACUGUGAUGCGAUCCUUGGGACAAAACCCAACGGAAGCAGAACUUCAAGAUAUGAUCAAUGAAGUAGAUGCCGAUGGCAAUGGCACCAUUGACUUUCCUGAGUUUUUAACCAUGAUGGCCAGGAAGAUGAAGGACACAGAUAGUGAAGAAGAAAUACGAGAGGCUUUCAGAGUGUUUGACAAGGAUGGAAAUGGAUAUAUAAGCGCUGCUGAAUUACGACACGUGAUGACCAAUCUGGGUGAGAAACUUACUGACGAAGAAGUUGACGAGAUGAUAAGGGAGGCAGAUAUUGAUGGUGACGGCCAAGUGAAUUAUGAAGAAUUUGUGACAAUGAUGACUUCAAAGUAAAGAGGUAGACCAAGUUGCUGAGAAGAACAUUGUCAAUACGUUGUAAUACUCAUUAAUCUGCUUUCUUCAAAAACAAGAAAAUGUCAAGUCUGCAAAAAUCAUCAUUUUAAGAUGUGGCAGGAAAAUCGUAAAUACUUUACUCAAGGCAUUUCAGUGUUAUGUUUAUUGAUGUUCAUCCGUUUAUUUUUUACUGUAUUAUAAUAGAAGGUGCCAAAUCAAUGUGAUUAUUCAACAGCAUAUGGACUGUAAAUAGUAAGUUGUGCUGCAAUUUCAGGAGCCUGUAUUCUUUGAAUGCUUUUUAUCUUUUGAUACCUUAAUCAUCGACAAUUUGUACCUGUAGACCUAGUGAAUGCAUUGCCAUUUUUUGUGGAAAUCAAAUCUCAAUUAGGCACUGAGCAAUUGGCAAAGUGUGAGUUUAGUUUCUAACACUCCCAAAAAAAAUGAAAAUGCAUUUCUCAUAGUGUUCAACAUUCAGUCUUCUUGUAUUUAUUUUGAUUAUCAGUCUGGACAAUUUUUAUUUAUUUAUACUACUGACCAAUAUAGGAGUUGAAGUUUUGCUAUUGUAAAAGCUGUUUUGUUUUUAACUUAUGUCACUUAUAGAUAUAUUAUUUGUGGAGUGCAUGUAAAUAGGUAGCUACUUGAUACGGUUCAUAAUUAUGGAAAGGCAAAAUCGUUCUGAAUCAGAUAGCAAUAUACACUAUAAAUGAUAGAUGAUCUUGAAGCUUUUACUAGUGAAAAACAAUAAUAACGUUAAUUGCAUUAAUAAUAUACCACUUCAUCAUUCCGUCUACAUACAAGUCAUUUUUAUUAAUGCUUUACUGUACUAUAAUUGCCCAUUAUACUGGCUAGGCUGGGAAUUACUGUAUAGUUAUGGUGCAAAUGAACAUAGCUGAGAGCAAGCAAGUGGCAUACAUAGAUCACCUAUCUGUUUUUUUUUUGUUUUUUUUUGUUUUUUUGAAGAUGAAGGAUUAGAUACGCAAUAAAUAAGUUAAAUACCUAAAACUACACUUGGAUGGCAAAAAUAUAAGAUAUUGAGUAUUUAAAUAGGAUUCAUCCCAUGAUAAGCCCGCAAAGUAAAAUACAGCUACUGGGUUUAUAUGAAAUACUGAAUUGAUCAUUCAGUAACUACUUAAACAUUUAAUUCUACACUUAAAAAAAGAAAAACAUUUAUUUUACAAUGUUCUAAUAGGUUAGCAUAUUCAUAGACUAGCCUGUUUAAAUAUGCUGGCCUUAAAACAUUGGCACCCGAAAAGAUCCAUUAGUAGAUUUAUCACAAACCAUUUCAGGAUUAUGAGUAAUUACGUUUUCAAAGGCGCAUGCGAUGAAGCAGAACAGGCUUUCGUCAAGCUUGGCAUACUAAACAUUCUUCAAUAUUGACUUAAAUAUCCCAGUACCUGAGUUUCAUUUCUUUGCUCUAAAAAUUUGGUGAAUAAUUAUUAUUAUUUGUCUUUCUAUCAGUGUCCUCUCAUUUGAAUCAGAAUUUUUUCUUGCCUAAAAUCAUUUUCCCAUUCAGCGGCAAAUUGACUGUAUAGUCUCUUAAGCCACCUAGGCCUAUAAAUAUUAAAAGCUUUCUGGUAUGAUAUGUACGUGUUAUGAAAAGCCUCUGCUUCAGACUCGAUAAUAAUAUACAGCAAUGUUGAUAAUUGGGCACUGUUUUGUCAGGUUUUGAAUAAUUAAUGAUCGCCGUGGGGUUGCCAAAUACAGGAACCAUUAGUAAGGCAAAUGAAGAUGGAUGAAAUGUUCUCAACACAGCAACUCACAAAAUCACAUGCAAAAUGCUAAAAAACAACUCAUCACCAGCUUCAGUAAACAGAUCAAAGUAAAAUAUAUAUAUAUAUAUAUAUAUAUAUAUACAGGUAUAGCAAUACAGUUUACAGUAUAAGCUGAUUAUUAUUAUUCACUGAAACUAGUAGGCCAUAACAAUCCCUCUCUAUUAAAAAUUUGUACUGAACUUAAAAUGUAUGCAAAUACUUUUUUAUUAUGUAAUUACCUGUAUGUACUUAAUUUAAAAAAAAAGGUUGUAGUAAUGUUGUAUUACUGUAUGACACUCUUUUAUAACAAACAUGGACAAACAUGCAUUACAAGAACCAGGUUAUACAGUAUCAGAAUUGAGUGUUACAUUAUAUUACAAUGCCUUGUGAACUGAGACUGGAAUAGAGAGCAUAGUAGUUUACCAUGGUUUUGUAUCAUAAGAUUAUGAUGUUAAUGGUAAAUGCCAAUAAUUUGCACACAGCAAAAGGGCAGCAUAUGAGAUGAUCACAGUUGCAUAAUACCUGCUGCUGCCCUCUGUGUGUAAAUGAGUCUCGACAGUGGUACUAUACCCACUUAAAUAUACUGGCAGUAGGUGCACCAGAACAAAAAAGUAUCAGCUUUUUAAUUUGUUUUUUUGUUAGCAUAAGUGUGUUUAUGUGUGUGUAUUUGAUCUAUUUAUUAAGAUUCCAUUGGUUGUAAAAUUAAUACAUUUUAUCAAUGAAAAUAAUGAUUAUAAAAACAUGUGCUAAGCUGUUUCCCAACUCACUUCUGUACAAUGAAAAUACUACUUAUAGUUUUACCUGGUUAAGUAUUCAACCAUCUUAUAGGUGCUUUUUAAUUACAAUAAUAUAGUAUUAUACCUCCUUGCGUUGAAAUUUGAUGUUUGUCUAUAUAUAUAUAUCCACCUUGUCUAUCCUUGUAUUCAAAACUUUUUAAAUUCCUAUAUAGAAAAUAAAACCAACGUCGUUCAAUUUA